ACUCGGUCAGACAGGAGCGGUAUGACGGAAUAAGCGUCGAGGCUGUGGAGAAUAGAUAAAUGUGAACAUCAAGCUUCCUUCUCGUCAAAACAACAUUCAACGGUGAAAGAGAAACAUCGGACAUUUACUGACUAUAAGCGACUCCAGGUAGAAACACACUACAAACAUGAAGGGUUUAAAAACUGACAGCUUACAAGAAAUUAUUAUGACAACAGUGGUCCUAUCACUGGCAAUACUUUUACUCAAUUCAAGGUCUUCGUUGGCCGCACCAAUAGAAAAAAGAUCGCAACACUUGCCUAUACAUUUAUUUUGUGAUUCACCUAUCACAGUUGGGGACGGUUUAUUAAGAGAUAUGAUGUUUCUUGUUGGUGACGAGGAUAUGGACGGUCUUCUGUCCGAACAUGAAAUCGCCUCAUUUUAUAGAGAAACGGUACAUUACACAGACUACGUUGCUCAAACUUACGGAAGAUCUUUUAUUGAAAUUGCUGAUUUAGACCACGAUGGCACACUUAAUCCUGAUGAGAUGCUUUGUAUGCUAUCUGCAAUGAGCGCCUCAAGCUGGACACGGCGGUGAAAAUCUUCCUGCCACGCUAAAUUUUAUUCUUUCAAAGAACAUCUUUGCGCCUACACAAACUUUGCCAAUCACUGAGCAUAACUAAGUUAUCACUAUUUUCAUGGACAAUUCAUUUUUGUCUCUUUUAGUUGUAUUAAUUAUAGGAGGAGGACAAAGUGAAAGGCAAACAAAAAAUGCAGAGGGUAUUAGAGCUUUUCUGACAAUAUAAAUUAACAAUGUCAGGAGAAAUAUAAGUUAUAGUAUUAUUAUUGUUAUGUUAAAUGUACGUUUGAUUUAAAGCUUAUUAAUUAUUUUGAACAUAUCUAUUUAUUAUCUAGGCUAUGUAUACUUGAAAUACUUUGAGGACGUAUCUUUUCUAUAAACAAACAAUAGAUCAACAGUCAUGAACUUCAAAGUUCAUUUAUUAAUGUCUAGUCUUGAUCGUAUUACUUUCACUGGAAACUGUUUAUUUGCAUUUAAAAGGUAAAAAGUAAUGUUUUUUUUGUUUUUGUUUUUUUUAAAGAAAGGUAUGGACGAUAUGAGAUCAAAUUUAACUUAAACUGAGUAAGGUUCUUUCAGUUAUUAUUUCUUACAGCUGAAAAACUACACAUAUUCUAUAUAGAAUUGCGGAAUCUUAUGUUGAAAUAUGAAAUACUAUGAUAUACAAAUGUUUCCAUGGUUCGCUUUUUUGAAAUUGUAUCUUUUUUAAAGCAUUCUUAGUCUGUAGGAUACGGACAUAGAAGUAAAUAGUAUUCUCCCCCUUUUUCAAUACUUUUGCUACUUACCGAAUCAGUUUAAUUUAAGAUAUUAAUAUUGACAUGUACAUAUCAAAACUUUCAUCACUCCAUUAAGGGUGGUUUAAUUGACGUCAAUGUUGGAGGGUUUUUAGAUGAAUUUUUUUAUCAUUCUGCAUGUAUCGAUGAUGAUUGGAGACAUUGUCUUAAAAUGCUCCUUGUUAAAUGUUACAUAAUCUUGCUUUAUAAUUUUACUGUCUGAAUACGGGAUAACCUUUUAACUGAUGUUUGACGAAAAUUCUAAGCAUGGAAUUCGAUUAUUUAUUUGCACAUUUGUUUCAAUAUAAACUGAUGUAAUUAUCGUAUUAUAAAAUUUACAUUCCUUCAUAUUUUGUAUGUCAUGUAUAAUUCAUGUAAAUUUGUGAUGUAUAAUCAAAGAAAUGUACUUAUAAUGAAAUAAAUCUUUGUAAUGUCUUAUUAUUUAGCAGAAUAUUUUGAAUAUAAUUCGGACGUAGGCAUAAAAUCAAACAAUUAUCACUAGUUGUUGUUAACGAAAAUGUAUGUACGCAAUACUUUUCAAAUUAUGUAUAAUAAGGUAUAAUAUCAAUAAUCUGAAAUUUUGAAUUAACAAUGAUAGUCUUAGGACCAAAAAAGUAUUGUACAUUUUCCCGAAACAUUUCACAAAACAUAAAAGACAAGCCUGUAAGCUAUUUUUACUUCGUACAUUUUUUUUUUAUUUUAAUUGAUAUUUCUUUUUAUAUUUAUUUUGAAUCAGUUACAUCGGUUUAUUAGCAACCGAAACAUUUUUCUACAUUUUAUACCCUCAUAUCUUACAAACGCCUACUAUACUAGUAAAAUAUCACCAAAUAAAAGAACGACCUCUUGCUGUUGGUGUCAAUGUUAUAUGCAUGAUUGACCAUCAAAA